AACAGGAUUGAGACAUCGAAACAUUUGCAAAUACAUAAGAAAGGAGGAACGGAAGUUCUGGCGUCCAAGAACAGGGGCAGCGCGCAAGUCAGUGGGAGAUCACUAGUUGCUUGUGAGGGAUUCUUGGGAGCACCGACUGUUCCAAACUUCCUGAGAUAAUAAAAAGACGUAUCAGACAUGGAUCUGUCGACAGGGACCCCUACAGAUCCAUUCUACCUUGUCAAAGAUGACAUCCAAGCCUCGCUGGAGAAAGCAAAGUCUCAGCAUGCCAGGUGGCAGUCUCUGGGGAAGACGAAUCCAGACAAAAAGCGGCUGGAGAGCGAGAUCGAGGAUGAGUGCAAGAGCAUAGCCUGGCAGGUGGACGAAAUGGAGAAGGCGGUGGACGUGGCAGAGAAGAACAUGGCGCGAUUCGGGCUGUCGCAGGCGGAGAUCAGCGGGCGGCGGAAAUGGGUGCUGCAGACGCGGCGGCAGUGUGAGGGGGUGAUGCGCUCGUUGGAGGCUCAGCACAGCGUGUCACUGAGUGUGGGGGACCCGGGCACGCCAACGGGCAAACUGGGCAGCGCGAUUGGGCUGGAGAACGACCGCUACAUCAACUCGGAAGGGGACCGGCAACAGCUGCUGCUCAGGCAGCAGGACGAUGAGCUGGAUCAGCUGGGGCAGCAUGUGGAGAAAUUAGGGGGCUUGGGGCGGGAAAUUCAUGGGGAGCUUGAAUCCCAGAGCCGCAUGCUGGACGAGUUGGAUGAAGAAGUGGAGACUACACACCACAGGUUGGCGGCCGCGCAGAAAAAGAUGAACAAUGUGCUGAAAAAGAUGGGCAUGCGCGGGCAGCUGUGCCUUAUAGUCUUCUUGAUUGCAAUUCUUGUGCUCUUGCUUGUGCUUAUAUUCUCGUGA